AUGUGGAUCCAGGUCCGAACCAUGGAUGGGAAGGAGACCCGCACCGUGGACUCCCUGUCUAGGUUGACCAAAGUGCAGGAGCUGAGAAAAAAGAUUGCGGAUAUGUUUCACGUGGAACCCCAACUGCAGAGACUCUUUUAUAGGGGGAAACAGGCGGUGGCUUCUGAGGCAGCUGCAGCAGGCCGUGGGGAGGGAGCCAGGGGCUGGGGAAAGGCCACUUCUGUGGUGCUUGAUGGCAACAGAAACCACGCAAACAUUGACGAAUGUGCCUUAAGAACCCACACCUGUUGGAAUGACUCUGCCUGCGUCAACUUAGUGGGAGGCUUUGACUGCCUGUGCCCCGCUGGGCCCUCGUGCUCUGGUGACUGCCCCCACGAAGGAGGACUGAAGCACAAUGGGCAGGUGUGGAUCCUGAGAGAAGACAGGUGUUCCGUGUGUUCCUGCAAGGAUGGGAAGAUAUUCUGUCGGCGGACAGCUUGUGAUUGCCAGAACCCAAAUGUUGACCUUUUCUGCUGCCCAGAGUGUGAUACCAGGGUCACGAGCCAAUGUUUAGAUCAAAGCGGACACAAGCUGUAUCGAAGUGGAGACAACUGGACCCACAGCUGCCAGCAAUGUCGGUGUCUGGAAGGAGAGGCAGACUGCUGGCCUCUAGCGUGUCCUAGUCUGAGCUGUGAAUACACAGCCAUCUUUGAAGGGGAAUGUUGUCCUCGUUGUGUCAGUGACCCCUGCCUGGCUGAUAAUAUUGUCUAUGACAUCCAAAAAACUUGCCUGGACAGCUCUGGCGUUUCAAGGCUGAGCGGUGCCGUGUGGACAAUGGCUGGAUCUCCUUGUACAAGCUGUAAAUGCAAGAAUGGGACAGUCUGCUGCUCUGUGAAUCUGGACUGUCUUGAAAACAACUGAAGUGUUUUAAAUGGACUCAUCACCGGAUAAAGACGGACAAAAUGACCAUCCAGCCUGAGGAGGAAGAGGGACUGAUUUUGUUUUAUAAACGACAGUCGAUUACCAAAGUCUCCAUCUGAGGACGGUGUUUGGGUGGCCUUUGCCACUUUGCUCAUCCUUGCUGACCUAGUCUAGAUGCCUGCAGUGCCAUGCAUUCCAGUCAAUGGUUGUUGAGUCUCUGUGCUGUAAAUCACCUUCCCCUCGUCAGACCAUUUGCGGAUACAUUUAAGGGAUCCCAUGAUGAAUGUUAAUGUAAUUUCGUUUAUUUUGUGUACUAACAUAAUAGAGACUUGGCACCGUUUAUUUAUUUUUCUUGAUUUUUGACUCAAAUUCUAAAAAUAAAGUUGCCUGUUGUGA